AUGGGCCGCUACUCGGGCAAGACGUGCCGCCUGCUCUUCAUGCUGGUGCUCACCGUCGCCUUCUUCGUGGCCGAGCUGGUGUCGGGCUACCUGGGCAACUCCAUCGCGCUGCUCUCCGACUCGUUCAACAUGCUGUCCGACCUGAUCUCGCUGUGCGUGGGGCUGGCCGCCGGCUACAUCGCCCGGCGCGCCCGGGGCCUGGGCGCCACCUACGGCUACGCGCGCGCCGAGGUGGUGGGCGCGCUCAGCAACGCCGUCUUCCUCACCGCGCUCUGCUUCACCAUCUUCGUGGAGGCCGUGCUGCGCCUGGCCCGGCCCGAGCGCAUCGACGACCCCGAGCUGGUGCUGAUCGUCGGCGCCCUGGGGCUGGCGGUCAACGUGGUGGGGCUGCUCAUCUUCCAGGACUGCGCCGCCUGCUUCGCCCGCUGCGGCCGGCGCCGCCGCCCGCCGCCGCCCGCCGCCCCCGGCCCGGACUCGGCCCGGACCCUCCCCGCGCCCGGGCAGGACGAGAAGGGGGCGACCGUGUUCGCCAACGUAGCAGGUGAUUCUCUGAACACCCAGAAUGAGCCAGAGGAGACCAUGAAAAAGGAGAAAAAGUCCGAAGCCCUGAAUAUCAGAGGUGUACUAUUGCAUGUGAUGGGAGACGCCCUGGGAUCGGUGGUGGUGGUGAUCACAGCCAUCAUCUUCUAUGUACUCCCCCUGAGGCGUGAAGACCCCUGUAACUGGCAGUGCUACAUCGAUCCCAGCCUGACGGUCGUCAUGGUCAUCAUCAUCUUGUCAUCAGCCUUCCCGCUCAUCAAGGAGACCGCUGUCAUUCUGUUGCAGAUGGUCCCCAAGGGUCUCAACAUGGAAGAGCUGAUGAGCAAGCUCUCUGCCGUGCCUGGGAUUAGCAGUGUGCAUGAGGUGCACGUCUGGGAACUUAUAAGUGGAAAGAUCAUCGCCACCCUGCACAUCAAGUGCCAGAAGGACCGGGGCUAUAAGGAGGCCAGCGCCAAGAUUCGAGAAAUCUUCCACAAGGCGGGAAUCCACAACGUGACCAUCCAGUUUGAAGACGUGGACUUGGAGGAACGGCCAGAGCAGAAGGACUUGCAGCUGCUCUGCAGCUCCCCCUGCAUCGCCAAGGGCUGCGCCAAGCACAUGUGCUGUCCUCCUGGGGCUCUGCCGCUGGCCCAUGUCAACGGCUGUGCGGAGCACAAUGGCGGGCCCCCCCUGGAUGCAGGCCAUGGUGACAGCCUUUGCAGGCGGGAAGCCCCAGAAGUGGCGAUCGAAGUGUCUUUGGAUGGCCAUCUGCGUGAUCAUGGACAGGCUGUUACCAUAACUCAGGAGGACCAGCAUUAUGUCAACAGCACCCAUUUUUAAUCUGGUAGCACUGAAACAGACUGUAUGGACCAGGCACUUUAAGCUGCCCAUGUGGCCGGUGGAAGAGCAGUGGCGUGGGGGCACAGACCACACUGGCACUGUGCCCUCUGUGUGCCACCUGAGUGGUCUUUGGGGAUGUGAGCUGGACGUGUCUUGAUUUGGAGGUGACUGAUAACCCCACUAUAUCACCCUGGGGGUCUCAUUCUGCUCUUCAGCUGCUUUGCUUUGAACCUCAGUUUCCAGAAACACUUGUCUAUCUAUCAGCGACGGGAUGCCUGAGACUCAAUGACUGGACUUGGGAUUCAAAGUUGUUUUGUUUUAAAUGCAUUAGAACUUCUGACUCUCAGGUGAGCUCACAGCCAAGUACAUCGAACAGACUUAACCAGUAUCGCUAUUUUUUUUCACAUUCCACUGGAAGAUCAUAAAAGAGGAAAAUUACAGACUUUUUUCUUUACUUGUUUUGGAAUAAAUGUAAAAUGAAUACCUAUUAAGGUAGAAAAUAUUCUCAGCACAUCAGUGGAAGAAGAGUUUAUUGGACCGGGGGGGGGGGAUAGGAGGAGGAAGAAAAUGCUUUUGUGGUCACCUCUUU